GUAGCUGUAAUUAUUAUGCAGCAGCGCUUCUGCCUAGAAACAAAAGCUCUAUGUGUACACGCCACUGUCUUGGUCACGUGCUUCUUGAAAGAGCUUAUAAAAGUGGGCCUGAGAGGGCGGCUGUUUUUGCUUCCUGUCAUGUCGGAAGGGAACGGAGAGCUGUUACCGCCGAUUCUUCUGUCGCCUCAGGAUGGAGGCCGAGGUGAAGGAGGGGAAGAGGCGGCCGAAGGAGGAGGAACAGCUGGCGCUGCGGUGGGAGUGCUUGAGCCGGCUCCCGCCUCCGCCGUUUCCCCGGUGACCGAGGAACCUGCAGGAGACACUAGAAAGAAAAUUGAUGUUCUGCUCAAGGCUGUUGGAGAUACCCCUAUAAUGAAGACUAAGAAGUGGAAUGUAGAGAGAACCCGCACAAUCCAGGGGCUUAUUGACUUUAUUAAAAAGUUUCUCAAACUUGUGGCCUCAGAACAGCUGUUUAUUUAUGUGAACCAGUCCUUUGCACCUUCUCCAGACCAGGAAGUUGGAACACUAUAUGAGUGUUUUGGCAGUGAUGGCAAGCUGGUACUGCAUUAUUGUAAAUCACAGGCCUGGGGAUGAAUUAAGAACCACCUUUCUUGAGGACUGCUAGAAAGCAAGUGGGCUAUGAGAAUCUUCAGAGGCCUCAUGGAUUUACUGAAGAAAUGUCUGCAUUGUUGCCCUUGGAAUUCAUUUUAUUCUUUUUCUUAUUUUCUCCAUGUGUCAAUGUAGGAGAUAAGUACAAGAGCUACAUAGGCUUCUCAACCUGGGAAUGUCUUCAUCUGAUCACUUGUUUGUGGAAACAAUUGAUCAUGUGCCAUCUGUACAACUGAGCUGCCUUUCCUUGCUCCAGGACUUUGGAGUUUCAGUGUCUAGGAAAGGAUCCUCUCUUCUGACUUAGUUCAUCAUUUCACCAGGCUGUGUGAAAGUUACUUAAGAGGAAGCUGAUUAUUGUACCUGGACAGCUGGAGUGUCUGCAUCUGAGAUAAAAUUUUUACCUUUUUCUGUU